UAUGCGUAUUGUACUCUCAAUAAAAUAACGCGUCAUUUGUCUUCCAAGUAUAAUCGGUGACUCAACUUAUUUAUUUUGUGUGUAAACUUUGAAGAAAUAAAUAAAUAUAUCUGUGUCCUGUAAUAAAUUUCGAUUGAAGAUAAAUAUUAGCUGCUUGUUAUUUCUUCAAACAUUGAACUGCUACUCAAAUGUCGGAAAAUAAUAAUGAAAAAAAAAACAUCGAUAUGUGAUUAUUUGUGUUGUGUGGAAUUUUUUUUCUUCAUUCAUUAACUAUUUUUAAAAUAAUAAACGACAAAUUAAAUUCAAUGAAAAAGCUUGGCUAUUAAUAAUCAGUGUUAUAUUUAUAAUAAAAAAUUAUUAUUUUAAAAUGUUCAAGUGGAUAAAAUUAUAAAUUAAGCGAUGAAAAUAACUUAUAAAAAUAAAAAUAAAUUAAUAUGGGAAGUGGAGUAUAAAUCAAACGUAUUAUUACGUCCACGCACCAAAUGCAAAAUAUUAAAAAUAUAUCAAUACUCGCCAUUGUGCGAUUAGUUGGAAAAAAAAAAUAAUCCAUAGUUUCAUAUAUUUAUUAGAUUAAUUAUAAAAAUGAAACUCAUUGUUUUAUUGAUUUUUUUAUCAACAUCAACAACUGUAAUGUCAUUAACAGUUAAAACAAAACGUAAUGAUAGAAUAGUUGAUCUUAGAAAUGGUAAAAUACAGGGUCUCGUAAGGACAUUUGAAUUAAAAUCAUUAAAACCAGUUCAUGUUUAUCUUGGAAUACCGUAUGCUGCUCCACCGAUUGGAGGUGAUAGAUUUUCACCAACAAGAACACAAAGUCCUUGGGAGGGUACCAAAUUGGCAAACUCAGUUGGUCCAGUUUGUCCACAAAAGUUGCCAAAUAUUGCCAAUGAAGCAGAGGCUCUCGAGCGAAUGCCCAAAGCUCGUCUUGAAUAUCUCAAAAGACUGUUGCCACAUUUACAAAAUCAGAGUGAAGACUGUCUAUACUUGAAUGUAUAUGCUCCAGUAAUGAUAACUUCAGAAAGUAGUGGUAAGCAUCCGGUUCUUCUGUUUAUCCAUGGUGAGAGCUAUGACUGGGGCAGCGGAAAUCCGUAUGACGGAAGUGUCUUAGCAAGUUACACUGAACUAGUAGUUGUAACAAUAAAUUAUCGUUUGGGUGUACUUGGUUUUUUAAAUUCAAAUAUAUCACCACAAACAAAAGCUCACAUGGCAAAUUAUGGUCUUAUGGAUCAACUUGCUGCAUUACAUUGGGUCCAAGAGAAUAUUGCACAAUUUGGUGGUGAUCCAACAAACGUAACACUCAUGGGUCAUGGUACUGGUGCAGCUUGUGUUAAUUUUUUGGCAAUUAGUCCAACAGUUAUACCUGGUCUUUUUAAAAGAGCAAUAUUAUUGUCAGGAAGUGCAUUAUCAUCUUGGGCAAUUGUUGAAGAUCCAGUGACAUAUGCUGUUAAAUUGGCACAAACAUUAAAUUGUACAGUGCCAAAUGAUUUAUUUAAAGAACAUGAAAUUAUGGUUGAUUGUUUACGUGAAUCAAAACUUGAAGAUCUCAUGUCAGUUGAUGUUCAACCACCGACAUUUCUCAGUGGAUUUGGUCCAAGUGUUGAUGGUAUUGUCAUUAUGCCAGAUUUUCAAAAAGAUUUAUUGUCAUAUCUUGGUCCAGAAUUUCAAGGAUCAACACCUUUGCCCAAGAGACAUGACCCAGGUAUGCCAAUUACCAGCAACAAUAAAUAUGAUUUGUUAUUCGGUGUUACAACAAGUGAAGCGCUUUGGAGUUUUGCUGAAAACGAUGUACAAUCUGGAUUUGAAGGUGUAAGAAGAGACAGAAUAAUACGAACCUAUGUCAGAAAUGCUUACACCUAUCAUCUAACUGAAAUAUUUUAUACAAUAGUAAACGAGUAUACAGAAUGGGAGCGUACAAUGCAACAUCCAGCAAAUACAAGAGAUGGUUGUGUGCAAGCUCUGAGUGACGCUCAAUUUGUUGCACCAUUGGUACAAACUGGUGACCUCUUUACUCUUCGUCAUACAAGAAAAUCAAAUAAUCCUCAUGUACAACCAGUACCUGACAGUGAAACAGAACCAAUGCCAAAUACAUAUUUUUAUGUUUUUGACUUUCAAAUUAAAGACAGUGAUCAUCGAGAUCAUCGUGAGAAAAUGGGCACAGUUCACGGUGAAGAAUUACCAUAUAUAUUUGGAGCACCAUUGGUUGAUGGACUUGGACAUUUUCGAAAAAAUUAUACAAAAUCUGAAUUGACCCUUUCAGAAGCUCUGAUUCAAGCAUUUGCCAAUUUCGUUAAAACUGGAAAUCCAAAUAUAUAUUACAAUAACAGAAGUGAAUCACCAAUGCCAAUUAGCAAAGAGAAAAAUAAAAUUCGUAUGUUAACAUGGGAACAAUAUAAUCCAGUUCAUCAAAAAUAUUUAGAAAUAACAAAAAAACCAUCAAUGAAGAAUCAUUACCGUGCUCAUCAACUGUCUGUAUGGCUUAGACUUAUUCCUGAACUUCACAGAGCUGGAAUGGAAGAUGUUGAACCACGACACAAUCUUUUUCGUGGACAUGGUGAUCCAAGUUUGUAUGAUGGCUAUGUACGACCAGAUCCAUUAAGUAGAAUUGGUGAAGAAUAUAGAAGAAGAAAUAUAACAACUGAAUUACCAACAUCAACAACAACAACAGAUUAUAGCAUUACAACAUGUGUCAGUUUAAUUCAAAGUACAAAUUUACAAACACAACAUAGUAAUGGAAGUGCUGAUACACUUGCUAGUUUGGAUGCAGCUGGAUAUGCUGCUUAUUCAACUGCAUUGAGUGUUACAAUUGCAAUUGGUUGUAGUUUAUUAAUAUUAAAUGUUUUAAUAUUUGCUGGUGUUUAUUAUCAACGUGAUAAAACAAGAUUAGAAGUUAAAAGUUUACAACAACAACAAAUGAUGAAUCAACAAUGUGGUCCAAGAAAUUUUACUGAGCUUAAACAACCACCACCACCACAUUCUCAUUAUACUGGUGGUGGUCAAGUUAUUGUGGAUGUUGAAAAUGAAAUGCUCAGAAGAAAUGUACAUAUGAAAGUUACAAAUGAAUCAAGUAUACUACAGGCUCAGAGUACACAUACACUGCCUCAUCAACAUCAACAUCAUUAUCAAAAACAACAACAACAACAACAUCAACAACAACAUACUCAACAUGCCACAUUGCCUAGACAUCAAACACCAUCUGUUAUUCAAGAUAUGGGAAUGCAAUCCCAGAAUCGUUAUUUUUUAGUGUCCACCAAACGGAUCAAUUCAUCUGACGGUGCCAAGAGCACCACCACCACCAAGGACCAAAAGCCCACCAGAAAAUCAGUCACUUUUGCAAGGUGGCAGCAUCAUUAAUCGUGUUACACAAAGUGGUAUGACAGAAAUGCGUGUGUGAUGUAUAGACUCCCCUCCAAGACCAGUCGUACCUGAUGUCCUAACAGCAUCGACGUUACUCUAAAAUUAUUAAAAUUUUAAAACGUCAAUAAUCAAUGAGUAAAUCAAUCCAAAUAUAAUUGUUAAAUUCUUUUUUAAAAUUUAUUAUUAUUAUUUUUACAUUAUUUAUUAUGUAUAUUGGAUUGUUUUACUCAAUAAAGGAUUAAAUUUUCGACAAUGGAGGGGGGAUUAAGUAUUAAAGCAUGGUAUACGAGUUAUCAAUAUUCAUUCUCACAUCAAGAUAUCAAUCAAGAUUGAAUUAUGAAAAAAAUUAAGAAUAAUAAUAAUAAUUUUGUUCAUUGUUUUUUUUUUUUUUUUUUUUUCUAAUUAAAAUAUAUUUCAUCUUGAUAAGACUAUCUGUGAGUAGACUGAAACUUUUUAAAUUACUCAGUAGAUCAUUGGAUAUAUGAAUGAUGAAAAAUCAUUUAUACAAAAAUCAAAGAACAGGAUAAAUGGAGAUUUGAUUUUUUUUUUUUUUUUUAAAUUUAUUUUAUCAUCGUACUAUUUUAUUUUUAAUCUAAAAAACAAAAGUUAAGAAAAUUAAAAAAAUUUGAAUCAAAGGAGAAUUAAUCAACUCUAUAAAACAAAGGUAAAGAAAAUUAUUAUUAUUAUAAUUAUAGGUACUAUAAUUCAAUAAGAAAAUUAAUUGAAGAAAAAAAAAAAAAUGAAAAAGUUAUAUAAAACAUUUAAAAACGAGAAAUAUAAUAUUAAAUAAAUUGAAAAGAAAAAAAAAAACAUUUUUAUAGAUGUUAUAUGACAUGGCUCAAGAUAAAAAAUGAUGAUCAAGAUCCGUGUGUAAAUUAAUUAAAUUAAAAAAAAAAAACAUUUAAUUAAGAUGUUAGAUGUUGCUUGUAAAUAAUAAUUAUAAUAAAUAAUAAAAAUAAAGACUUAAUACAAUAAGAGGCACCAGAUCACUUUGCUACUUUGAAAAUUAAAAAACUCAUUAAAUUUAAAAAAAAAAAACAAAGAAACAAUAAUAAUUAUUAUUUUUAUCUAAAAGUCAAAUACAUUGAAUUUUAAAUUUCAAGUUAAUAAAUGCAAAUCAAAAUGAGUAAAUUAUCAUAAACAUAAAAUUUUAAGUGUUUUCAUAACAAUUAAAUAAAAAUAUAAAAAAUAAGCAUGCUAUUAAAUUGACAUUUGUUUGUCAUAGCUGUGAAGAUUCGUUGGUAAACAGUUACAAUUUUCAGAUGGUAACUGUGUCAUUUUAAUUUUAUACUCAAGCAAAUAAUGACUAAUUAAGCUCAAACAAAUUUACAUUAAUUCAUUUUAUCUUAUCUAUUUUCAUUUUUAAAUAAUCUUACUGUUUUUUAUUCUUUUUUAAAUAGUCAUCUGUGUAAUAUACAAAAUUUACAUAUAUAAAAAUUAAAUUUCAAACAUUGACACAAUUUAAACCGUCUGCAAAGAAACAAAAAAAAGCCUGUACUGUGCCAACAUUAUUCGUAAAAAAAAAUACGAUAUACCAAAGACUAUGUUGUUGCUCUUGUAAUUUUUUUAAAAUCAAAUAAAUUUUAUUCCCCAUCAAUGGAAUAGAAAAAAAAAAAAAAGAAUAUUCAAAUGAAGGAAAUAAAAUAUAGAUAAAAUUGAGGUCAAAAGGCGGAAAGUGUAUGAAAAUCAAUUUUGUACAUACUGAGUGAGUCGUUAAAUGUAUGUUUGUGUGUAUGCUACUGUGUGCUGAGAUGACGAGAGCUCAAAUUCAUUGACAUUUAAUCUUGUGAUGUAGACACGUUGACAACUUCUGAGUCACAUUUUUCACAUCAAAUUUUCAUUAGAAAAUAAUUACUAAUACUAAAGAAAAACCACUCAAUCAAUAAAAAAAGAAAUUAAAUAAAUAAACAUUGGCUGUUGGAAAAAAUAUUUAAAAAACUUGUGAAAAUUUAAAAUAUGUAUGAAUUUAAAUGUAUUUCUGUACAUAAUAGAAAAAAAAACUUGUAACUGGACGUAUUGAAAACUUUUUCUAUUCGCUUUUUUUUAAAAAUUUUUUUGUUGAGAGAAAUUAAUUUAAGUGAAAUAAAAAAUUGAAUAAUAUAUAAAGUAAAAAGAUAUGAAAAAAUGAGAAUCAAUGUAAUAUAUAUUUUAAUUUCUAUGAUUUUUUUUGGUACGAUAUCAUUAUAAAUAUAGACAAUCUGAAUAUUAUGAAUGAAGUUUAGUGUUAAAGUUUAAAUACCAAAGUUGUUGAAUGAAUCAAAAAAUCAAUUUAUUAAUAAAUUGACUAAUUUAAUUUAAAAAACAAAAGCAUGGAUCUUGAAGAUAACCAGGCUUAGAAAAUUUUAGAAAUUUUAACUCCGCCUUUUGACAUUGAUGAAUGAAAAAUAAAAAAAAAUAUAUAUAUAUAAAUAGAUAAUAUGAAUACCGACGAGUUUACUACGAGUAUUUAUUCAAAUGAAAGAAAAUUAAAUAAAUGAGAAUAAAGAAGCAAAAUAAAAAAUUUUUAGAUAAGCCCAUAUAAAUCUCGAAUCUAUCGUUGUACGCUUUCCAAUUGAAAACGA